ACUUUUUUGAGUCAUUCUGUAUACUUAACUCAUUUAACCAAAAUUUUGAAAUCGGUCACUUUCGUUCUCAGCGUGCGAUAUCAUCAUACGCACCUCUCAGAUAGAUGUCAAAACUAUCUGUCAAAGAAGAAAUGAAGGAAAGAUGUAAUGGUUGCUUGACACAAUUGGUCACCGAUAAAUGUCAAAAUGUCAUAUGUAUAACAUUUUGCAUUUUUUGUCCUAAAUCGCUUGGAUUAUGAUAAAUUGUUAUAAAUUUUUAACAUUUAUUUAUAUUAAAUAGUUAUUCUCAGUUUUUAAGCGAUAAUGAAGUAUACCUUUGUUGUUUAACAAGUAUAUUUGUAAUAUAUUAUGUAAAAAAAUAAACAUUGUGAUGGCUGGUAACGAGAUAGAUGAGGCUUUAGCCUCGUUAGAAAUACUUAUGUCUGAGUUCUUUGCACCAGCCACAAGUAAUUUCAGGAAGAGAGAGAUUGAGAGUAUGCUUGAAAACUUUUCUAACCGGAGUGACUCCUGGAAACAUUGCUUGAUGUUCCUACAAAAAUCACAUAACCAUUAUGUUCUGAUGUUCACUUUGACUACUUUAGAGAAUAUCAUAAACCGGCAGUGGAUCCGUCUAUCAGACAAUGAGAAAACAGAGAUUCGUCUGACUCUAUGGAAUGAAUUGUUGGCUAAACAUGAAGUCAUGAUAUAUUUCAUUAGAAACAAAGUAGCUGCACUGAUGGUAGCAAUAGCUCGCUAUGACUGGCCACAUUUAUAUGAUGAUUUCUUCAGUAAUAUCGUUGAGCUAAUCAGAAGUGAUGGCUCUCGUUGUCUUUUGGGCCUGGUUUUGGCCCAGGCAGCAAGUGAAGAACUUGGUGCCGCACGUGACACGGGAGUCUUACUGCCAUCAGAACGUAAAAACCAACUUGAGCGCCUCAUGCUUAAAGGGAUGCCACAAUUAUUAAAUGCUCUCAGUGAUAUCUUAGAACGAAAUGCUCAGAAGGAAGGGCAGUCUAAUCCUCCCCCCUCACCAACUAGUGGUGCUCCACAAACAUCCGCUCUGCCAGAUCUAUUGACAAAUACACAUGAUGUUACGGCCAAUGAUAAGGUGCUCAAUAUGGAAAUAGUGGUGAAAUGUCUCACUACUCUCCAACAUUUGUUCUCAUGGUUACCAUUGUCCUCACAUGUGCCACCAUCACUAGUCACCACUGUGUUCUACUGGGGCAGUAUAGCAACACAAUCACAGAGCGUGGAGGCGGCGGUGUGCGGGCUGGGCGGGGUGUGCGAGCUGCUGUACCGGCGGUACGCGCCGCCGUCGUCGGCCGCCACGGCGCUGCGCCUGCAGCACUGCGCGCUCAGGCUGCUCCGGCAUCUCACGCACACACCCAACGCCAUCCUGCACGCACACCACGAUUAUCUUAACAAGUUAGCAGAAUUCCUUAAACUGUUUGUAUCAUUGCAUUUCAAGAGAUUGGAGGCUGAACCAGAGUUUGAUGCUAUUGAAUUUUUGUCAUAUCUAUUCCAAUACACAUUCCAGGUGCCAACUUGUGCUAUAUUUAUAAACUGUUUAGAUAUUUGGAUACAAUUUAUCGAGAUCCUGAAGCCAGAAGAUACGCCAAAAUACUGGGAAGCAUUACAAGCGGUUGUUAAUGGAGUGCUGAACAAAAUACAAUUCCAGCACAAUAAAGCGCAGUUGCAACACUUAGAUAACGAUGUUCGAGACGAUGAUGGUCACACUGAGUGGCACACAUUCCUGAAACAUUGCAUAGAAUGCAUAGCGCGCGUCGCUGAAUUGGCACCACUUAACGUUUUCACCAUUGUGUUGGAGCGUUGGCAGUGCCUGGCGGGAGUGCACGCUCGCGCGGCCUCUCGCGGCGGCGAGGGCGAGCGACUGUUAGCCGCCUUGUUAGACCUCGCCACCCUCACUCGUGUACUGGGUCGGCUCGCACCCGCAUUGCUUGCAGAGCCGGAGAGCAGCCGGCGCGCGGCGGGCUGGGCGCUGGGCGCGGGGCUGGUGGAGCGCGCGGCGGGCGCGCUGGCGGGCGCGGCGCUUCUCGGGCCCGCGCCGCACCUCGCGCACGCGCACGUGCAGGUGCACGCAGAAAUGUUCGCAUGUAUGGGCGCGUGGUGCUGCUACGCCAACGAGUGCGGAGUACCAGUGCAGACCAUGGAGAGUUUGUUCUCUUCUGCUGUACCCUUCCUACUGCCACAUGAAAUACCGGAACCUCCACUGUUAAGUCAUGCGGCAGCACAUUUAUUGCUGAGCCUGGCGAAGAACGUGAAGUUCAACUCGGACCCAAUAGCUCUCUCGGGUGACUUGUACGAAAAUGCUCAACGCUCUCUACUGUACUUGGAGACUAAGACAGCAGUAGUGGUACGUGAAGCGCUAGUAUCGCUGUCGCUGCGUGGGGGCGGGCCCGCCGGGGGCGUGGCCGGGGGCGCGGCGCGAGCGCUGAUUGGUGCGUGGGGCGCUGCGCUGACCACACAGGGCCCGGCACAAGCCCUGCCUCCUCUCGCUGCGUUACUCCAUGCAUUCUCCGAUGCGCCUACACAGGCUAAGAAGAUAAUAGCAGAAGGCAUCCAGAGCUCGGCGGAGACAGCGCUACGCAUGCUGUGCGAGCCGACAUUCGCGACGGCGGAGGCCGAGAUCACGGACUUCUUCCUCGCCCUGUUCACCGCACUACUGCCUCAACUCGGCAACUUCGCGUACACUGCCAUCGACGUGUUUGUAGAGGUCGCUCAGAGGGGUGGUGGUGAAAGCGGAUUGGAGCGUUUGGUGGAAUGUGUUCGCUUGGGAAUCGAAGCUGGAGGCGGCGGCAUGCUAGUCCGCUCCGUACUGACGCUACUGCAGCGACACGUCCUACCGCGGGCCACCGUCGACUCGCCCGACCUCGCGCGGGCUGCCUACCGACUGCUGGCCAGUGUCCUGAUCCACCGCUGGCGCUACUUCUUCCCGUCGAAGUGCGAGGAGGCGGAGAGCGCGGCGCGCGCCGACGAGCUGCGCGGCGCGCUGGCCGCGCUCGGCCGCGCGCUGCUGCAGCCCGACAUCGACCUGCUCAAACUCAACAUCGACACGCUCGACGCGCUCAACUCCAAGUGCAAGCUCUAUCAUAAGAUGAUGUUCCGCACGGAGUUCCUGGGCGAGUUCCUGUCGGUGCUGCUGGCGGGGCUGGCGGAGGGCGGCUGGCGCGCGCUGGCGCGGGACGAGGUGACGGCGGCCGUGCACGCCAUGGCGCUGGUGGACUUCCCAGCCUUCCGCGCCGCCUUCCUGCCGCACUUCCUCGCCUCGCUGCCCGGCCUCGCGCCCGACCAUCAACGACAUCUCGCGCAGUUCCCGCCCGAUACGGACUUGCCAACGUUCACGCAGAACAUCCAGCGUCUGAUGAAUGACGUGAACUGUUACCGCGCGUACAGUUCGCUCGCGCCGACCAGCAUGUCUUCCUAGCAUUGCCUGUUGUUUCACGCCUCCCUGUGAUAUAGGUGUUAGGGCCACUUGUGAUAACUUCUGUACUUCCACAUACGUAAACAAAGAGUGUUUAGUAUGUUUGUGCCGUAAAUUGUGUUUAUAAAGGGAUUUUAAUGAGAAACAUUACAACAUUUGAGUGAUUACAAUGCCUUUUGAACUUAUACGAGGUAGUGGAUCGACAUAUUGAGGAAAUUAUUUUACUUUUUUGUGAAAAUUCAACACGGUAAGGAAUAUUAUGGACGUAACGAAAGUAUAAAAUUUACAAUUACAUUGUAUGUUUAAUGUUUAUAAAACAUAAGAUUACUUAGAAUAUUUUAAGAGGGAAUUGUGAUCUUGUGUAACGUUAUUUCACGUGAUGUCUGACAAUCUUAGGACAAGAUAUUCUAAGAUGCCUAAAUGGUCCUUUUCAUAUGUUCGAGUGAAUGGGUCCGUCACAAACUACACACAGAUAUUGAAACAAAAAUUUUCUUAUGUAAGAAUGUGCUUAUGGGAAGGAUCGCUUUAGUAGUAAUAAUAACAUUUUUUGUACUGAUGUUAAUACGUAGUUAUAUUUGUACGACUUAAUCGAUUUUCCAAGUAUAAUAGACAUUUGUUAGCUGAUAAGAAGUAAUUGGAAAAAAAUAUGUUUACAAUCAACUUUUCGAACAGAAAUGUCAGUUACAUUUCGCUUCGUAAAAUUAGAAGAAACUAGGUUUUUGCAUGACAUAAAAUCCAUCCUCCUUUACGCCAUACGCUGCGGAAAGGAACUUGGGCCAAAGGUUAAGUAGUAUUUUAUUUGACCAUAGUCCCAGACUACCUUUUUUGGCAGCAGUUUGGUUCUAUUUCUGUAGCAAAUUCUAUUAUUACUAUGCAGUCCAAGGCAUGCUUCUUAGACUGCAGUAUAAGAUAUGGAUAGUAAAAUAAUUGGUAACUGACUUAAUUGAUUUAUGAGGCAAAUCAAUCAUUCUGCUCAUAUUUUACGUACAUUCAGGAUUAUACAUUGUAUUGAAGAUUUAUUGGAUGUAUUUUGUCUUUAAUAAAAUAGUCGAAAAAAUUACCUAUAUUAUAUAAAUUAUGUUCGAUUAGUACCUAAACUCCAGGUGACUUCAUUCUCUAUUUUAGCGUACAUAUUUUCUGUUGAUAGUUAAGGCACAUCCUAUUACAUAUAGUUAUUGCCGUAAUUUAUAGUUUACACUAUUAUACUUCUUAAUACAUAAUUUAUAUAUCUAAACAAAAUACAGAAGCUGUCACGAAAACUUAUAUUUCCGUCUCACAGAAACCUAAUUUUAUUUUCGGAUUGACUGUAAAUUUCGGCGAGUACUGUAUGUUAUAGACAAUAACUUAUCUAUAUUUUACCUAUAGUAUCUAUUUUAUAUUCCGUUCUUAUCUUAGCUGUAGUUUAUGAUUUAACUUUACUAAGACAAAACCAAGUUCUUAACUGAAUUUGUACUAGAAGACUGUACAUUAUUCAUUCGAGUUUUAUUCUAUGUGAAUAUCAUCAUUUUAUAACCCCCGAUGAAAGUUGAAAGGUGUUAUAAGUUUUAUUUAAAUUGCGAUGAUGCGGUGAACUUGGGGAACCAUUAUUGUAAAUUGGUUCUAGACAAAUCAUUUAUAUGCAUUUAUAAAUAUAGUUAAGAGGUCAGCACAAUGAUAGAAGUAGUGUUUACUAGUCAUUGAUAAUUAUAUUUAACUGGUGUUUGUAUUUCUAAUUGGACAAUAUACAUAUUUUAUUUUAUCUCAAACUAGUAUUUUCUCACUAUUAUGUUGCAAUUCGUGGCUGGGGUAAUAGGUGAUCAAUGCUUCUUUUAUGCAGUAUAGAAUUACUGUUGUAUAUAAAUCAGUGGCAUUCAGUGCCGUAAUGUGCACUUCUGCCUACCUCUUCGGGGAUAAAAAGGCGUGAUGUUGUGUUAUGUUAUAAAUCAGUUUUCAUUUUAUUUGAAAGUUAAUGCUGAACUUUUACGCAUAUUUAUGACAUGCAUUUGAGUUGCUUGAGGGUGCAAUAGUUCGUGUGAUAAUGCUCACAAAAUAGUGUGACAGAGAAGUAAGGGCAGGACCUCACCAAAGAGGAGACAAAUUGAAAUAAUCAAUAGACUCCAAUAUUUAUACAUUUCGUUUUUAACUUUAGCAAAUUGCCGAGUGGGGUGUUUGAUAUUUAAAUUACGCAAUUGAUGUAAGGAUAUAAGUAAGCCGGUUAAACUAAAACCCUGUUCCGAUCUUUAGACGACAGGACUUUGGUGGAGUCCAAGCCUAAAAUAAAACUUUUUUAUUUGUAUGCUUUUUAAAAGAGAAAUAAAGAAAAUCUAGUUGUUUUAAUAAAUUGUGGUAUUAUUUUUCACC